CGGCAAGUCCCCUGCGAGCCUUUCCUGCCUCUGGCGGUGCCCCCAGCACCAGAGCAGCGCCCUGCGGUGCACCAGUAUCCCUUCCUCAACGGGCAGUGGAUGUUUGGAGCUCAUUCUCCAGUUAUAGGAUUUUCACCUUCUUCUAGUGUGGAAUUUGUUCCUAUUUUCCCACAUGUAUACACAUCUACUGUUCCACCUCAUGCGAGGAAAAGUUGGAGAGAUAAGAGACUAUCUAAUUGCAAGAUAUAUUUAAAUAAUGCAUUUACUCUGGAUUCAGCAUGGAUACAUCCUGAGGAAUCAAGAAUCUUCCAGGGACAUGAGAAGCCUCUUUUCAUGACAAAUCAAGUAGCUAUGGCUAUAUCUAGGCCAGCUACUGCCUCAAGGCCUCUUCCCACAGUGGUGUUAACACCUCAGCCUAUACCAGGUGGUUGCCAAAAUAGCCUUAAACAAGUGGGCAGUAAUCAGGCAAUUGCAUUAGCCGCUGCAGCUGCAGCAGCCGCUAUGGUGUCUGUAGAUUCAAAAGCACCUCAGGGACCAUCAACUACAAGUGUCCAACCUUGCCAUGUGCUCACUCUGUCACCUGUCAAAAUACCAGUUUUGACUUCACCUUUUCCAGGUGCUGCUUCUAGAAUGGAUGCUCAUAUGACUCCUUUGAUGCCAACACAAGUUACCAGGGUUGCAGCUGUAUCUACACCAGCUGUGACUUUCAUGACAACCAAUUUGGUGGAUCAGGCAUUAACAGAUAAAGGCAAAGAAUCAAAUAGAACCUCCUGCCCACCAGCCUUGUUUAUACAUACCGACAGAAAAAGCAAGCCAACAGAGAAUGAUGAGGAUAAGGAUCAUCACCCUUUAAAACUAGUAAAUGACGAUGACAGUACAUCAAAUGGCAACAAGCCUGUGGCAUCUACUCCUGUACCAGGAUCACCAUGGUGUGUAGUCUGGACUGGAGAUGACCGAGUCUUCUUCUUCAACCCUGCAAUGCAGCUGUCUGUAUGGGAGAAACCAGUGGAUCUAAAGAAUCGUGGUGAUAUUAAUAGAAUAAUUGAAGAUCCACCUCAUAAACGCAAACUGGAAACUUCAGCAACAGAUAAAAGUGAUACUUCCUCUGGACAAGAACUAAGUGAUGAUCAUAACACCAAAAGCAAGAGAAAUAAAACGGAAGAUCUCCAGAAUGCUGAUCAGGAGAUGGUUGAAGGGGGAGAGAAAAACGUGAAAACAUCAACAGAUCAAAUUAUUCUUCCUUUAGAACAACGCAUUGCCCAUUUCCGAGAUAUGCUUCUUGAAAGAGGGGUCUCAGCAUUUUCUACAUGGGAAAAAGAAUUACAUAAAAUAGUAUUUGAUCCACGUUACCUUCUGCUAAACUCUGAGGAACGUAAACAGAUAUUUGAGCAGUUUGUCAAGACCAGAAUAAGAGAUGAGUACAAGGAAAAGAAAAAUAAAUUAUUGCUAGCCAAAGAAGAAUUUAAAAAACUUCUGGAGGAAUCCAAACUGUCACCAAGAACAACAUUUAAAGAGUUUGCAGAGAAAUAUGGCAGAGAUCAGCGGUUUCGACUUGUUCAGAAGAAAAAAGACCAAGAGCACUUUUUCAACCAGUUCAUUCUUAUUCUUAAAAAGAGGGACAAAGAAAACAGAAUAAGGCUAAGGAAAAUGAGAUAAGAAUUUUUGAAAUCUGCAAUAAACACACAAGUCAAUACUGUGACUGCCAUAGAUAAUGAAAUGAAGAAACAGCAUUUUUUGUCUUUUUCUGAUUCAAAUUCCAACAACUAAAAGAAGAACCAGAUAUCCCCAAGAAAUACUUUUUCAUACUGAAGUUCAGUGAACACAAGUUGAAUUUGUUCAGGUUGCUCUGCAGCAACCUGUAGGAUAUUUAGUUCUCAGAGAAUUAAUGUUUCAUAUUGAAGCUCUCUUUUGUACAACAUUCAGAGUUUGAUGCAUUUCUAAUUGCCAUGAUAUGUCAAUCCCUUAAUUGUUUUACUUAUGCAAAUUACUUGUAAUAUACACAAAUUAUAAAUUCAGUGCAGAUUUGUAAUUAAGCAGAAAACAGAUGUCAUCCAUUACAAUCUCAAGAUAUGUUCAUCAUUUAAGGGAAUUAUCGAAAUCUAUUUUUGGCAACUUUAUGCAUUAACAUAAAUUGUUUAGAAGUACAGUGAUAUUGAGGAAUUUAUCACUCAGUGUUCAUAUGUCUAUGUCCAGUUUUCUGAGUAGUAGUAAUAGGGUAUUAAAUGUUAAUCAUAGUGAAAAGUGUGAAAAUCUUGGCAUAAGUUCCAUAGAAAAAAUUAUAACUUUCAAAUAUAGCUUUGGAAUUACUCUGACUAGUGCUUUAAGGCACACAGAUUACAGCAACUCUUCCCCAUAAAAGUUACUAUAAAGAAGCUAUAAUUUAAGUAAAAUUACCAUAUUACUAUCUACUUAUUUUUAUUGUAUUUGAAGAUUUUGCAUGAGAAUUUUCUCAUCAUCUUUGUACAAAUAUUUUAAUGUUUUUAAUUAAUAAAUAUUUUAAGGCAAUUAAUUUUAAUUUCUGAAUCUCUAGUAUUAGCAUUAAGAGUAUUUGCUUGGAGUGCUAGUAAAUGUAUGAAGGACACAUUGCUAUUGCCCUUGAUUUAUAUGUAAAUUUUUACUAAUGUCAUUCGGAGUAAUGAGAGCAUUAAGGACAAAAUAGAUCCCACAAUGACAAUAAAUUACAUAUGUUUUCUAAUAUAAAUCAAUAUAACUCCACUGAAGUCAAUAGAACUAUCCCAACUUAUACCAGCUGAGGAAUAAACUGUCCUCUGUCUUCUUUCCAUAUCCUGUGCUGUUUCUGAGCUUAUUUCUGUAAAUACUUUGGAGUAGUCUCGAUGCUCUGCAGAUUUUCUGUUUUCUGCUUGAAGUUUGCAAAUUUCCUCCAAAUAAAGUUAUGUUUUCCAUAGGUGUAUCUCAAAUAUUACUUACAAAUUAAGACAAUAAUAAAAGAAAAGAAAAUCCUCUUAUUAAAUUUAAAUAAUGAUUCCCCAAAGAAUUCAAAAUGAAAAAUGGGGUUAAAUUCUAGCAAGGGAGGUUUAGAUUAGACACUAGGAAAAAUUUGCUAAUAGUAAGGGUAUUUAAGCACAGGCACAAAUAACUCAGGGAAGUUAUAGAAUCCCCAUGAUUAGAGGUUUUUAAGAACAGAAUAGUCAAACCUGUCAGGAUUAGUGUAGUAAUUAUUUAAGGUGCGUCUACACUGCACUAUUAUUUCAAGUAACUAGCAUUAUUUUGAAAUAACAAUGCGAG